AAUUUAUGUUUUUUCUCUUAAAUCUGGAAUGAAUAUGGCUUUUCAUGAAUAUGAUGAUACAAUAAUUAUAGACAAAAUCUACUUUAUUGCUUAUGACGCUGGAGAACGUCUGCUUAUUAUAUCACACAACCAGUUUGAUGAUGAACCCACUACUCACUUAAUGGAUCCAUUUUCGCUUAGAAUUCGUGUUCCUGCAACAAAACUAUUUGAAACUGACGUGGAAAUUCAAGAUCCCUACAUAAUCAAAUUCGAUAAUGUUAUCGGAAUAAUAAAUCAAGAGGUGGCAAUUUAUAGUGGGCUUGUUCGAAAGGAUUGGAUAAAAUAUCUACGGGAGGAACUUGGAGAUUAUAAUAGGAUAUUUGUACUUUCUGAUUCUAAAUUUAUUACGGAAAUGAUUAAUGAAGAAUUAGCUGAUAAAAUAAAUAAAAAUUUCACAAAAACAUUAUUUACAACGGAAAAGGACAUACGUCAUUAUGACGGCAGUUAUUUGAAAUGGAAUUUAUAUUUUACGCCCAAUGAUAAACCCAAAUCCGUUCCUAAAAUUGAACUUGAAGCCUUAUUCUAUGAUAAAGAUAAAGCUAAGUGGAUACCAGUAGAGGGAGAAUUUAAAAGAAUCAUAAACCCUAAUUUCCCACCUCCAGAGCAUACGAGAAAACUUAAAAUUAUACGAUGCGAAUGUCUUAAAAAUGAUGAUUUACUCAUGUUAACUACACUUGGGAUUUUGAUUUGGACUGUUUAUCAACAAAAAGGAAUUAGAUUACAUUAUUAUUGGGGGAGAGGAAAGAUUAGAAAUGAAAAAUCUUUUAAUUUAGAAAAAACUUUCCUCGAAAAAACUUUUCUCAACUUAGAAUCAUAUACCAACACAUUUCCUGAUUCAAAAUUUCAAAUUAUAAUCAAAAAUAAAACCUUGAAAUUUGGCAGUGUCGGCGAAGGACCAAAAUCUUUUUUUUUUAGAGAAUUACUAGAAGACUAUAUCUCUGACAAAUUUUUCAUAAUCAAUUAUGGCUCAAUAUUAAUGGAAACCUUUUUAUUUCUAAAAGAAGACGAGUGGAUUGAGAAAUUGUGUAAAGAGUGCUAUAAUUUAAUUUUCUCAACCGAUGGUCUUAAAUCUACCUCAGAUAUUCAAUUAUUAUCCAUCAUAGUUAAAGUCUUACCUCAAUUAUUAAAAAGGCAUCCAAUUUAUUUAGCUAAAUUUUUAUCUCAAACUGCAUUUACAUUGCCGGUAACUGAUCAUGAAAUGAUGUUAGAUAGUGAUAUUAUUAAAAUAUCGUCUACUCCGCAUCUACACCAUUUUGGAACUUAUAAUAAUUUAACAAAAAAUCCUUUAUUUGAUGAUUUUAUGUCGAAAAUGUCAAAAAGUUAUUGGAACAAAUUAUUUGGUGAAGAAUUUGAGGAAUUUAUUGAUGGAUCUGAUGAAACUCGUUCAGAUGAAUAUGAUGACACUCGUUCAGGUGCUGAAGCUAAAAUCAAAUUUAUUAUUCCUCUUCCAAACAUAUAG